AUUAGUAGGUUUUGUGAAGGCCAGUAUGGCAACACUAAAUUCUGCAGUAAUUAUUUGUAUGUAUUUCUCAGCGCCAUUACUUUUUACCGAUGUAAUGUUGAAAUGAUUUUAAUCCGUUUUAAUCGGGAUAUUUGUGUGAUGUUUUAGCAAAACACUCAAGUGAUUGUGUACUAAAACUAUUGAACUUCUUAAAGUUUUUGUGCUGGGCUUUGUCAUGGCCGGUAAGUGGUGACUUUUUGCGCCCGCUAGUCAAGGGCGAAAUCGGAUUUGGGAAUCGCAAUAAGUCGAAGAUGUUUUAUCGUUCGAACUCCGACGGCAAUGGUGGGGAGACGACAUGGUGUUUCAGCCAGGUGAAGGGUACCUUGGAAGAUGACGUCACCGAAGCUGAUCUGAUAUCAUGCGUAGAAUUCAACCAUGACGGCGAACUACUCGCCACUGGCGACAAGGGCGGCAGGGUUGUUAUAUUUCAGAGGGACCCAGCAUCGAAGCAGUGUGUCCCAAAGAAGGGGGAGUACAAUGUGUACUCAACAUUCCAGUCACAUGAACCGGAGUUCGAUUAUCUCAAAUCGUUAGAGAUUGAGGAGAAGAUCAACAAGAUCCGAUGGUUGAAACGGAAGAAUCAGGCACACUUUCUGCUAUCCACCAACGACAAGACCAUCAAACUGUGGAAGGUGUCGGAGCGUGACAAGCGAGUGACAGGCUACAACACGCGCGAGGAGGGAGGCCGGCCGCGGGACCCGGCGCGCGUCACUCAGCUGCGCGUGCCCACCGUGCGAGCCGCCGAGCUCAUGGUGGAAGCCUCGCCUAGGAGGAUAUUCGCGAACGCUCACACAUACCACAUAAACUCAAUAUCCCUGAAUUCGGAUCAGGAGACGUAUCUCUCAGCAGAUGACCUGCGCAUCAACCUCUGGCACCUGGAGAUUACUGACCAGAGCUUCAAUAUUGUUGAUAUUAAGCCCGCCAAUAUGGAGGAGCUUACAGAGGUCAUAACGGCGGCGGAGUUCCAUCCGACUGAAUGCAAUCUCUUUGUCUAUUCUAGUAGUAAGGGUACAAUAAGGCUAUGCGACAUGCGCGCGGCGGCGCUAUGCGACCGUCACGCGAAGCUCUUCGAGGAGCCCGAGGAUCCACAUGCGAGGUCAUUUUUCUCUGAGAUCAUCUCCUCCAUCAGUGAUGUCAAGCUUAGUAAUUCUGGAAGAUACAUGAUGUCGCGAGACUACUUAGGUUUAAAAGUAUGGGAUCUACGCAUGGAGACGAAGCCUGUAGAAACAUACCCAGUACACGAGUACCUGCGGUCCAAGCUGUGUUCCCUGUAUGAGAACGAUUGUAUCUUUGACAAGUUCGAGUGUUGCUGGAGCGGAGACGACCAGCGGCUCAUGACCGGGUCUUAUAAUGGAUUCUUUAGGAUAUUCGAGCGCGGCGGCUGCGGGUCUGGCUGCGGCGCGCGGCGCGGCGAGCUGACGCUGGAGGCCGCGCGGGACGCCGCCGCGCGCCCGCGCCAGCCACUGCGCGCGCGCAGGGUCGCUACCACGGCCAAGAGGAAGAAGGACGAAAUAAGCGUAGACUGCCUGGACUUUAACAAGAAGAUUCUCCAUACGGCAUGGCAUCCUCACGAGAGUAUAAUAGCAGUGGCGGCCACGAACAACCUCUUCAUAUUCCAGGACAAGUUCUAGCGGCCGCCUGACCCUCGCACCGGGAUCUCGCACGGUACUUAGUAUAACACUUCUAGAGGAACGAUGCAAGCUGAUAACAGAUGGCGACACCGUCACUUUUGGUCUUUAGGGUCCUUGUUAACAUUGUUUUGUUGAGUAAAUCAGUGAUUUCUGUGUGCAAUUGUGUUGAUUGUCUCUGGAAAUCGUAAUUUUCUCGUUUAUAUUAAUGGCCAAUAGCAAUAAGCGAUCUUAAUCCAGAAUCCAAGGAUUGAUCUAAGGUUUUGAUAGAAAGUCCAUACAACUAAUGAGAAAAAUCGAUGUUAAUCCAAAGAUUUUGCGUUGAGAUUGGUUGUCUUCAUAUAAAAAUUGACAAAUUUCAAUAAAGUUGUAAGGAAAGAGUCUCAAAGUUAAGGAUCCCUAUAGAUAUUUGUUGCCAUCUGUGUAAGCUUUGUCUAAGCCUCGUUAAACCAAUGUGUUGUAUAUUAUACCUGUUAUAAUGUAAAUGACAAGCUGCAUACACAGUGAGGGUGCUACUGGAACUGUCCUUACAAAAAUAAUCUUUAAUUUCUAUUCAGCCAUUCGAAAUUGAUACCUAUUUUCGUAUCUAUAAGUUAUACAGUUCAGUAGCAUCUUUACUUGUCAGCUUCAUUCAGAGAGUUCAUUUACCCCGGGUAGUAAAGUACGCAACGAUAGCAAUAAUUUGUUUUAAACCUUAUGUGAAAGUUAAUAAGGGCUAUAACCGCAUGCACACAAUCUCAGACACUUAUUUCAAACCACAUGCGGGUAAAAAGAAACUCUAAAUCAUUCACUUAAGAUUGAAAUUCCAAUACAUUACUGUGCUCAAUACAACGCUCAUUGAAUACAUAGGUAUUUUGAGUCCUCGGUGCGUCAGGCGUGAAAUAUUAAGUAACUUGUUGAAUGCAAGCGCGGCUUUCUAUACGUGACGUUAACCAGCAUCAUCACAAUUUAAUUAGAGUCCUAAUGCUAUAGGAAAAGGAUCCAUUAUUCUAAAUAAAAAGGGAAAUAAUGCCACCAUUUUUUCUAAAGGAGCUCCAAUUUUUCACAAAGCUUUGAAUCAAGACUGUUUAGUAGUAGGACUGAAGGCCCGUUCACAACUUUUUUUAAGUAAUCCAUUGUCGAUAUGUCAUUUCGAAAAUUUUUAUUGUGAAGAAGAUAGAAAAGGUACUGAUGUCAUGAUGAAGUAUGAGUUGAAUUCUGUUUAUGAAAAUGUUUAAUGUCGUUUAUCAUCGCAGCAGAAAAAAGGAUCUUGAUUUAAACACUAAGUGUCUUACCUUAUACUGCAAUCUAAAAGGUUUAGUCAAGAAAUUUUAUUUAAUUUCUUCUAUCUAUAUUUACACAUCGAUUACAUCGUUUAACAGUCGGGUAAAAACCAAAAUGUAGAUAGACAUUCAUGUUCAAUUGCAUUUUAACUUACCAAAUUAUUGCAACAUUAAUAUAUUAAAUAAAUUAUUAUGUUUUCGGCUUACUCACGUAAUUAUUUGACGAGGAACUCGACUAGUUUCGCGUUUCACGCGGUGACUUUCGCGCUGCGUCACAGGUCGCGAAAUGCUACUCAUGAAUAUUAGCCUCUAGUAUGUCUUGAAACGAUGAGUUCCUCGUCAAAUAAUUACGUAAGCCGAAAACAUAAUAAUUUAUUUAAUGUCUCACGAAAGUUAUAAUAUUAAUAUAAUAAUUGAAAUUAUGUUUAACGGUUUUCAUAUUUGUCACGGAUCGCGUAACUCUGGUCAUGAAUAUGAGCCCCUAGCGUGGCGUGAAACUAGUUCAUUUUCCUCGUCAAACAACUGCGUGAGUAACGUCCGAACACUGAAAGGCUCACUCAAUUUUGAGUCCCACUUAAAUAUCGUGCUAUCAUUGUCAUUUUACAAAGAAUUUCUAGUGUCAGAACUAUACUAUACUAGACGAGGCGUUUGUAAGCCUUUGAACAUAAUUCAAUGUCUCACGAAAGUUAAAAAGUAAAGAUUUUCAAGUAUCUUUCAUUAAAAUACAAGAAAUUAAUCUGCCGUCUUACAAAAUACAACCUCGUACUGAAUCCGUCUCAAAUGCCUGCUUUAUAAAUAAUAAUAAGUCACUGAAAGCCGCUCUUGUCCAGUUGUGUCGUAUUGUUAUUGGGAAUCGUACCUUAUUCUCGUAGUUUAAAGUCCAAUACAGAAAGUACUUACGUUUCCUUUUUAAGUUACACGAUUUUUUUACAGUUGUGUGACUUUUAGUAUCUGUUGAGCUUACAAAAUCAUACUUUAUUUUCUAAGCGUAAAGGUCUCUUUCUACUUAAAUUACAUUAUCUUAAAAUUUAGAUUUUCUUCAAUUUUUAUUGGUUUUCUCAUUUUAACUAAUUGUAUGGGUCCCAUACAAUACGGCACAACAUGUAGGUAGAUAGAAACUAAGUCCGUUAAUUCAAAUUUUCUGAGAAAAAAAGAAAGUAAUUUAUACGCUUUUCUUACUUAAGGUUCUAAGCGAUAAUUAAGUAUUUAUUGUUUAAACAUAAACACUGUACCUUUUUUAAGGAAACGACACAUCCUUUGUAUGAGAUUAGUUAGGUAUAACGAAUGUUCUAGACGCGUCAAGGAAAUGUAUGAGAUCCCAAGUCAUUAAAAUUUUUUUUUUAUGAGACGUGUAUGGGAUGUUUUUUUUUAAUUUCCGCGUCACGAGUAUCGUGUAGUAACGUAGGUCUUUUUAUUUUCAUCAUGAUGUAGGUGUAAGUAUUUUUUAAAUGAAAGCCAUGGCGACUGGUCGGCGUUUUUUGCUAAAUAUUUAGUAAUAUGAAGUCUUAUGAAAAUUGACAAGUUGUUUAUAUUCUUAUAAAUACAAAAAUAUAGCUUCAUUGCACUGAUAUCAUUGAAAAUAUCUAACCGUUCCAAAUUCGUUUUUAUUUCUUGAGUAGUAAAGUCGAAUUUCGUUCAGAAGUAGUUGAACCAGUCUCGAAUACAGCAUGUUUACAAUAUACGUACAUAUCUUCAAGCCCGAAAGGGGGUAGGCAGAAUGAUCUCUUAAACAUUUUGAUUAAGAUCUCAUACAUUUGUACUGCGCUGAGAAAUGGUCACUCAUGGUUUAUAACCAUUUGGUUUUAUUUGAAGGAAUCCACCGUCAAUAUAAAAAAAAUGUCUGUUUGUACUGUAACUGUGAUUUAUUUGGAAAUUGAACCUUAUUCUCUUCACGUUUAUGUCGUUUUUUGUAUAUCACUGAUGCUGUAACACAGUGUGAACGUCAUUUCAUUUUGUACUCUAUUUUCAUAAUUAAGCAUUUUUUCUAAACAAUAGGUUUGCUCAAAAUUCAUUAUGAAUGUGAUGUAGAAUGUUUUCUAUGUUGUCAUUCACUGCCAAUUUUUAUGUCAACUUUGUAGUUAAUUUGUUUUUAGAGCAGGUCAUAAAAUCUACCCUCUUUGUCAGUCGGCUAAAAAUAAUGAUACUUCUAUACUUCAUAUUCUUGUAACGAAUUAAUUUCUGAAGAUGCUAAUAAAUGUUAUGUUUUCAAAAUAAAACACAGUCACUAGUACAUUUAAAGACGGGAAUCAUACGUAAAAUGUAAUUAUAUACUUCAGCGGAGUAGCCGUCGAGUGACGCUACACUCUGUUGACGAUGUACCCUUUGUUUUAUUAUAAUUAUAUAUAAUUAUGUAUUUUCUAAUUACUCUGUGAGUUUGUUUAUACAUUGGCGAUGUUACAAUUAUGAUUUCAAAGUUUUCUCUUAUAGUCUUGAUGGGAAUUUGCUGUGAUUCGCGUAAGUUUGUGUGAGUUGAUUAAAUUCACUUUUGUGUUGAAUUUUACAAUUUGAUUUUGAGUUUUUGUGUCAUAAUGGUGAAUUUGUCCUAAUUGAUGGUCGCUCAAUUUAUUGAUUCAAAGUUGCUAUUAAUAGUAAUUUAUGUGGAUACAGCAAAUCGCAUCAAGGCUAGGUUUAUUUCAUAAUUUCGGCAUAUAUUACUUAUUGAAAAACAUUGUGAUUCGAUGCUUGAGCAGUGUGGUUAUAAUAAUGUAAAUAAUGUAGUGUUGUUGAACGAUGGUCUGUAAGUAGUCUGAACCGAUAGUCUACGUCACAACUUGUACAGUUAAUGUUAUAUGUAUUUUGUGUAAAGCUUGGAAAUUAUGUUCGAAUAUGAUUAUAAUAUGAAUUUGUUUCUUUUUUUUAACUUUUGUGUCUAGUAUCUACGUUAACAGCUAGCGUUUAAUGUAACUACAUUUAUACAUAAUUUUGUAACUGAAAUUGUUUUGAAUAAUUGUAAAUCGAGGCUUUAAACCAACGUUGCAUCGAGCGGAUCUUCCUAGAAUACAUGAUAAUUCUGUGUUAAUAGUUAAAUGGUAGUGUUUAUGAAAGUUGAAGCUAGCCACUCGAUAUAAGUCGGAGGCCUGUCGCUCGAUAGAACGUCGCCUGCGUGGUGUCUGUUUCUGCAAAACUUAUAAGUCUGCAUAAAGAUAUCAAUAGGAUUUUUCGAGUUAAACAAACCUUUACAAGGCCUAGUGUAUUACCCACUCAACGUGCGUCGUGUGUAAUUCACCUGUUUGUGAUCGCUAGAAUCCCGAACUUGUCCAUUUUUGUACAUAAGUAACUCGUUCCGAACGUUGUGAUAGUUUUGCAAGGCGGACCCCAAAUAAUUUGGUUCUGUACAUAGACACGUGAAACGGCUAACAUUAUUUUUAAUAUUUCGGCUGUAUUCAGGCCCUCCAUAAUCUCCACAACAUUUUUUUAUGUUCAUCAAUAUGUAUAGGAACUGCGUUAAGUUUUAGUUAUGUUUCUGUCGUCUGUUUUGUAAGGGGCCCGGUCAAUUCCUUCUAGUUGUUCCGACGAUAGCUGAACACGCUGUUUCGCUAUGUAAUUUAAACAAAUGUGUGAUAUUUAAAAAUAUGCCUAUGCAGCUUGUACUUGGUCUUCUUAUAAACGUUUGUAAAUGAUGCACGAACAUUGUCUGAGACGGUUGUAAGUAGAAGAGUUAUUUUUUAAAGUAUAUAAUUGCUUGAAAAGCAAUAAAUAGUAUAGGAAUUGACUGUCCCCCGUGAGAUCCAAUGUAAAAAUAUGUCGCUCUGUAGUAUAAAUGCAAAGACAUCUUGUAUAGAGUGUGGUUGCGAAGCGAGAAUGCGCGCGAAACAGGUGAUGAGUGAGCUAUAAUUUAAGUACUAGUUUAUAGUUAGGCGAAAACUGUGAAAACACAGAAUUAAAAAAUCAGUUUUUUUUCCUGUAUCGAGGGAUCAACAGAUAAUGCUUGAUAAAUGUGAUAAUGUCGCAAUAAGCGGUGUGUUGUGGUCUGUGGACGAGAUGAUAAUGUGGAUAGACUUUUUUUUCUUUUUGAGGUACCGUUUUGCGCUGUGAGGAACCUCGGACGGUUUGCUGACAACGAAACCUCGUGCUGUCAGUGUGAGCGCUCGCGUCGUCGCGCAGACGUACGUUUACGAAGUUAUAACAGCUGGACGAAUUUUUACAUUAAUUACUGUACUGUACACAUAACUAGCUUCGUAAACCUAAAUCUACAGUUUGAAAUUUGGUACCGUUCACUUUGUUUGGUGUGGUAAACACGAAAACAUUGGUGUUGCCAUACAAGUAAAUAGCGGGAAUUUUAAAAUCAAUGUGCCAUGAUCUUCGCCGGCUCGGUGGCGCGCGCGCUUCACACGGAAAGAGUUGUUGUUAAAUCAAAAUAUUUCCUAUAAAUAAUAAAAUUUUUAUAUCUGAA